AUGGCAGAACGAGGGAAUACCAGUAAAGAAGGCAAAAUCACGGAGGCGAAGGACAAAAUCCAGAUCGGAACUCAGAAUCUUGGAGAUCCUCUGACUCUCCAGUCUUCGGACCAUCCAGGUAUGGUUUUAGUAUCUGCUCCUCUGAUAGGGACAAAUUUUAGGUCUUGGUGUAGAGCCAUUAGGAUAGCCCUAGGAGCCAAACAGAAACUGGAAUUUAUAGAAGGCACCGUUACAAUACCUGAUAAAGGAUCUGAUUCCUAUGAACAAUGGAAGCGAUGUGACUUUAUGGUCACAUCCUGGAUUCUAAAUUCUAUAUCCAGAGAGUUAGUCGAUGGCUUCAUUUACACAGCCUCAGCUAGGGAUCUCUGGCUUGAAAUUACCGAAAGAUUCGGUGAGUGUAAUGGAACCAUGAUCUAUGAGUUGCGUAGGAAAAUAUCCUUGAUAUCUCAAGACAAUUUCUCUGCAUCUGUCUAUUUCACUAAAUUGAAAGGGUUUUGGGAUGAAUUGGGAUCAAUGGAGACCCUUCCUCCAUGCACCUGUGGAGCAUCAAAGGCAAUUGAUGAAAUUAACAAUAGAAAUAGGCUAAUGCAAUUUCUUAUGGGCUUGAGUGAUGCCUACGGAACAGUAAGAGAUCAGAUCCUGGGGAUGGAUCCUCUGCCCUCUGUAAAUAAAGCCUAUUCUAUGGUACUGAAAUUUGAGUCUCAGAAGGAUAUUCUGGGAAACAUUAGUGGGAACACUGAACCUCUAGCCUUGAUGAAUAGGACAUAUAAACAAUAUCAAGGAAAACAAAGGGGACCUGGCCCAAAAAGGGGGCAUUGCUCCUACUGUGACAUGGAUGGACAUGUCAGAGAGGGCUGUUUCAAGUUGAUAGGCUACCCUGAGUGGUUUAAAACGAAAAUUAAGAAUAAUGGACAGCCCUCUAAAGCAAAUAGAAACAUAGGACAUGAACGAAAGGUUGUAGCAGCUGUUGAGGGCACCCCACAUAAAAGGGACACACCUCUUGACAUGCCUAACACAUCUACUCAGAUAAAUGACCUCAAUAUCAUGAUGAACUCCUUACAAUAG